GGACUUACGUGCGGGUAACCCCUCCAACGUGGACGUACGUCGUUUUAAGUCGUGUUAAAAUCACAAAUGAGUCAUCCAGGUGCGUUUUUUUUCUCAACUAGGUAUUAAUGUUGUUGCUUUCCCUUCGGGUUUUCGGUUUUCGUUCGUUGUAUUUUGCUCAAGCUCUAGUUUGUUUAUUCCACCUGAAAUAAUCGAAAAAUAAAAAUAUAUAGCAACAAUUUUAAAUAGUAAGUUUUGUUGAUUGUGUAAAGAGCAGUUGGUCAAUAUCGUGAAGGUUACAUUAAUUAUUAACAACAAAAUAGAUAAAAAUAACCAUGGCAGAAUUCUUAGAAUUUGAUUGGAAGAGUAAUAUGAUUUCAAGAGAUAUCCUCAGGGAGCAAAUUUACACAGAAAAUGAACCAACCGACGAACAAACAUCCAUAAAAUCGUUAAGAAGCUCCAUCCAAACAAGCGGGGACAUCGAAUUAAUAGAUAACAUGCAACAAGAUGAUUCGACCCUUUUAAAAUUCCUUUACGCGAAGAAAUUUAACGUAAACGAGUCGUUCGAAUUAAUCCGGAAUUAUUAUUGGUAUAGGAAGAAGAAUCCGGAGAUUUUUCGCAAUUUCACCAUCCAAUCAGAUGAUAUUCGACAAAGUUUAGAAAAUGGAAUCCCCGGGGUUUUAGAAUCAAGGGAUCGAAAAGGGCGGUGUGUUUUAUUGAUUAAUGGGAACAAUUGGGAUUGCUCCCAAUACACUUUAAUGGGAAUUUAUCGCGCUAUUUUGUAUACUUUAGAAUUUUUAAUACAAAACAUUCACAAUCAAGCGAAUGGUUUCGUUAUUUUAGUCGAUUGGACCGAAUUUUCGUUCCGCCAAACGACCCAUUUGAAACCGGCCAUUUUAAAAACGAUGAUUGAAGGGCUACAAGAUUGUUUCCCCGCGAAAUUUAAAGGGGUUCAUUUCAUCGGGCAACCGUGGUACGUCGAAGCUGCUUUAGCGCUUAUUAAACCAUUUUUAAAAGAAAAAACUAAGGAACGCAUCUAUGUACACGGAAAUAAUUUGAGUACGCUUCAUAAUUACGUGCCUACCGAUAUACUUCCGGCGGAAAUGGGGGGCGAACAAGCCAGUUUUAACCCGGAAGUUUGGCUCAAACAACUCAUGGAAAGCGACAAAGUUUAAUUCAUAAAAACAGAAUCUCAAAGAACGAAUGUAUUUAUGUAUUUAUUGUAUACACUCUGUGAUAUUAUAUACAAGAUGCUUAUUUUAAUCUUGA